AUGACCACUGCUGACCUUCAUGGCUCCUCCAGUGGCCUGACCUUUACAACGCUCCUCAUUUUCACAAACAGGAACACAAAGGCUCUCAUCAAGGACAGGGACCCAAAGGGAAUCAACAAGUGUCUUAAGGUGAGCUUCGAGGAUGUGAUAGCAGAGCCUCAUGAGCAGUUUUGAUAAGUGUGUCUGUGGGCUCAUGCUCUGUUUGAGGUGUCCAGACUCUGGUUUUACCGCAUUGUUUCCCCUGCUUUGGCUGCAGGUGUUCCCUUUGCUGUCCUCAGCUGUCUACAUAUUUGGCUGAUAGUUCCCAGUGUGCAGCUCUUGGUCAUAAACCUGCACUGGAUAAAGGUGGUCUGGCAAAAUGUGCUGGACACUGCAAGCUCCCCCUUUUUCAGAAGCUUUGGGAAAGGUGCUUUUACCAAGUGUGUGAGUUAUGGACUGGGCCGUAUGGGCUGUGUGGGGCAGAAUAGGUUAUGGGUGGGGGUAGAGGAGGGUAACGUACUGAGUGAGACAGUCAGCGUGAGCAAGAGAGAGAGACAGGAGCCCUGGCCGGUGCAGCUGUCCCUCGCAUUCCAGGCGUGUCGUCAGUCCACAGAUUGGAGAAUUAACUGGGACUAG